GGACAUUUAUUACUACAACAACUGAACGACCAUACUUUCAGGUUGUGUACGGCAUGUUACAAAACCGAUUGGUUUUGCAACGCAAAAGUUAGUGUUUGCGACUAUAAAACAAGAUGUCAACUAUGUGUGCCUUGCACCGAGCUUUGUUUACAGGUAGAACUGUCAUUCGAUCAAGAACCUGUAGACCGAUGAUGAACAAUAUGCUGCCACAACUAUUUUCAUGUUUCAAAACUGCCAAUCAAAGGAAUUUCCAUUCCCUGAUAAGAAUGGCAGCCCCAUUACGAUCAACAGUAAAAAGUAUAACUGGCCAAUCACGUCAGUUAUUGCCAGGAAUAAGAAAGUCUGCCACUCAAGCAUCGACACCUGCCCUUCCCGCAUACACACAGAAGGCUAUUGGCUGGUGGUUGGUAGGAUGCUCCGGGAUGGUGUUUGGGGCUGUUGUGCUUGGUGGAGUUACCAGACUGACUGAGUCGGGUUUGUCCAUGGUUGACUGGAAACUCUUCAAAGACAUGAAGCCCCCUAGGAGCCAGGAGGAAUGGGUGGCAGAAUUUGAACGAUACAAACAAUUUCCAGAAUACAUAUAUGUGAACAAACACAAUGAGAUGACCCUGUCUGACUUCAAGUUUAUUUUCUACAUGGAGUAUGCGCAUCGCAUGUGGGGUCGCCUGGUAGGGAUAACCUUCCUCCUGCCAGCAGCCUACUUUCUUAAGAAGGGUUGGGUGUCAAAGGCAUUGAAACCAAGAUUGGCGAUCUAUACAGCUCUCAUAGGCUUUCAGGGAUUCCUGGGAUGGUAUAUGGUGAAGAGUGGUCUACAGGAACAGGCCAAGUCUACAGACGUUCCUAGGGUCAGUCAGUACAGGCUAGCCUCCCAUUUAGGUUCGGCUUUCUUACUGUAUUCACUGUUUUUGUACCAGGCCCUAGGACACCUCCUUUCACCAAACAAGUUACCUGAUACCCACCUAAAGCAGUUCGUCAAACUAAGAGGCUUGUCACACGGUGUCAUGGCUACAGUCUUUAUAACAGCCCUGUCAGGGGCCUUUGUAGCUGGUCUGGAUGCGGGUCUCGUGUACAACACAUGGCCUAAAAUGGCGGACAGAUGGAUUCCCUCCGAUUUAUUCAGUUACUCUCCAACAUGGAAAAACAUUUUUGAAAAUCCAACAACUGUCCAGUUUAAUCAUAGAAACCUGGCUGAGAGUACUGUAAUAGCGAUAUGCGGUUUCUGGUGGAUGUGCAGGAAGGCGCCUCUCCCCCCAAGGGCUAGAUUGGCAUGUAACUGUCUCCUUGGAAUGGCUUUCGUACAGGCGACACUGGGAAUAAGUACACUGCUGAUGUAUGUUCCAACACACUUGGCAGCCACUCACCAAUCAGGAUCAUUGGUUCUGCUCAGUUUUGCUAUCUGGGUGGCCCAUGAACUUAAGAGGAUGCCAAAGUGAUUUCUCAAAAAAAACAUAUUUCAUAAAACCUCAUAGUAGUGAAAACUGAAGAUAAUUGAUGAUGACUGAUGUACUAUGAGAGCAAACUUAAAUUGUUAUCUGGGGCCCUGGGUUGAGAAUUGGGCCCUGAGUGGAGAAUCGGGCCCUGAGUGGAGAAUUGGGCCCUGUGGCAUAGAUUAAAAGAGCGACCUUUAUGUCAAUUUAUCAACACAGGCCCUGAGCCUUGCAUAUAGAAAUUAAGGUGAACUUAAUUUGUUGUGUGGUGCCUUAGCAUUUCAUUGCUAAUUGCUUUUUGUCAUACGUUCUUCUCUUUAGAAGUAAUAAGGGAUUACCUUCAAGUAUCCAGGAUCCACCACAAAUAUUUUGAUAUAACUUAAAGAAUUAACAAAGAUUUUUACUUUUGUGUGUGAAAGAUGAAGUAGACUGCUGUUUUUCAUAAUUCUAAAUGCUGGCCAAGUGAAAAAUAGUACAGGAAAUACCUCUUUGUGUGUGAAGUUCUUUUAUAAAUGAAUUAAUUGGAUGAAUGACACGGUUUGAAACCAUACCCCUAUAACUUCUUAUGUAAAGGAUUGAGGAGGUCAUGCUAUUUAAAAGAGCCCCAGUGACAUGUUAAACAAUGUGUACUGGAAUUUAGUCAAAUAUUUGCUUUUGCUGUGAUAGAUGUGAAUGAAUGUAAGUAAAAACAUAUUUGAAAAAAUCUAUCUGCAACUGUUAUGAGUAGAGUGUCACCUGGCCAAUGGAACUAGGGGCAAAUACGGUAUCUCAAAAUGUGUGGUAUGUAUCCAGAUUUAAUACCACAUAGUGGUCUCACUCUGCAUUCCCAUUUCUUGGUUUUUUUUCAUAACAUUUAGAGUUAAAAAAAAGUAAUGCCUAUGAAGUGCAAAUUAAAUCCAAUUUUUGUGUAUUUAUUUUUUGCUUUUUCAAAAUUAAUUUAAAAAAAUUGUCUAAUUUUCUUUAACUUAAACUUAUUUUAGAGUUCCAUAAUUGCAGUUUGAAUGUGAAGAAAAUAUGGAAAUGUUUAUGACAAUGUUUUCUUUUGAAAUUCACUUGUAAUGCAUGUUAUAUAUGUAUAUACUUUGAAAGUGAAUGGAAAAUAUGUUAACAAAAUUAUAAUCAGCUCUUUGGACGGGGACCCUGAAACCUUGUCAUGUUGACUGAAGGAGGGUAACUGUUAUUUUUAUUUUUAGAUUUACCAAAAUUAAAUGCAAUUUCUGUUUCUAGUUUUAUCAAAAUAUGUACAUGUUAAAAUGUGGUAUAUUAUAAGCAUCUUGAAUAUAGACACAAAUUGAUGGAUAAUCUGGUUCAGGGUAGUCGGAUGGCGCAGUGAAUAAUGCACUCGAAUUUCACUAAGGGGGCCGGGUUCGAUUCCCCGAUCGGGCGUGAAAAGGUAUGGGGUCACCUGCCCAACAUGGUUGGUUUUCUCCGGCUUCUCCAGUUGCCUCCCACAUUAAGACCCUCUGUGAGCUUUAAUCCUGGCCAACAAGAGUGAUUUAUUUAUGUUUAAAGCUUGUUUU